AUGAAGCUUUCAUGUAUUGUUGCUGCUGCUCUGUUAGCCGCCCAAGGUGAAACUAAAGCAGUAAUGGAUUGCAGUAACGAAGGAUAUGCACUUGCAGACGACUUACACUGUGAAAAUCCAGACGCAUGGGUGUUUUGCUGUGCUCAUCCAUUCUUGAAUUCUGGACUACCUACGCCGCGAGUUUGUCAGGACCCUUUUUUUAACUCGAGACCGGGGGGCAGGACUGAUGGGUGCAAUGGAGAUAAAGGUUCUAUCGUCUGUUGUGAUCGCUAA